GUGACGAACAAACGGUGCCUGUGUUUGGUGUUGGAAGUUUUUGAAGAAGCUCUAUUUUUGAUUCCAAUCGUUGCAGCGGGUGUGCGGUUUUCGUUGUGUGCGAAUGUGUAUGUGUGCCAGUGGGCAGUAGUGUGCCGGAAAGUGGGCUUGUGAAGGCAGUAGGCGUCGAAAAAAAAAGAGAGAAAAAAACGACACAAAAACCACCGCAUAGACGACCGGACCGCGUGCAUAUGUGUGUUGGGUGGGCAUUCGGAAGAUGUCGCAACAGUUGAACGUAGCAAGCCACGCCAAUACUAUGCUCGGUGGCAUUGCGAACAGUAUCGGUACGAACAAUAGCAUCGCCUGCAGCAUGGGCAACAACAUCCCGAACAAUCUGACCACCUGUGCUAGCAUCCCGAACAGCAUGAUCGCGAACAUGUCCAGUCCAGCCGGCGGUCCGGCCAGCAACGGUCCGACCAGCAAUGGUAGCAGCAAUGGUGGAAAUGGUGCCAACGGCAGCACUAAUGGACCUUCAUCAACUCCGGCUACGCCGACCAACAACUGCCAGUCGAUCCGAUACUGCUGGGAAGCCGAUAAGGUUAAGACACUGAUCCGCCUGCGUGCCGAGCUGUCGCCACUGUUCACCGGAAAGCGCAACGCUUCGAAAUAUGCCUGGGCUGUGGUCGAACGAGAACUCAGCGUGCCUUUACCGAUUUCGAAAAUUAUCAAAAAAUGGAACAAUCUGCUGCAGGAGUACAAGGCGAUCAAAAUGUCGGAGGAACCGAAACGCCGCGAAUGGCCCUUCUUCAACCUGAUGGACGUGUACUUCAGCGAUCAGGUGAACGAUCCAACACUGCGCCUGUUCUCGUCCACCAAGCGGUUCGAUUCGGACACGCUCGAUGACGCUCAGUUCGAUGACGAGAUCAUGAACUCGACGGCUGCGGCCGCCAUUGCGGCCGCUGCAGCUGCCUCGGCUGCCGCCGCCAACGCCGCUAGUCAACACAAGAUCAAGAACGAGCUGAUCGCGAGCCAUGGUCACAGCGGUGGCAGCAUGCUCGACAUAUCCGACAUCAUCGGCGAUGAGCAUGGGGACUCCAAGUUCGAUCAGUUCAAGCGCGAAAUCGUGCUCAGCCAGAUUCAGGAGAUCACGCGCGCUGGCAGUGGUGUGGGUGGGGGUGGAGGAGGCGGCGGUGGUCGUAAGGAGAAGAACAACAACAACAAGGAUCACCACAACAACAACAACGCCAACAACGCCAACAACAACGCCAGCAACAAUGGUAAUGGCAACAACAACAGAGACAGUGCUAGCAGCAACAACGCAAACAACGGCAACAACAGCAACAACGCCACCGGAAGUAAUGGGACGGGUCAUAAUGGGGCCGGUGGUGGUGCCGGAAAUGCGUUGAUCGAGAGCAAACACCGGUUGAUGGAGUCGCUGAACUUGAGUCCAGGUGGAAGUCACCUGACGACGAGCGGCGUUAGCUCGCUGAGUACGACGAGCAGCAGCAGUUCGGCACGGGAUGAAGCGAGCAGCCUGAACAGCAGCCCAACAAGCCACAUGAGCAGCGGGCCAGCCAAUGGACCUUGUGGACAGGAGAUGCGCAAGAUGUCGAAUGGACCGGUGGCCGAUUUUAGCGCGCUGUUGGCUGCAGCUAACAGCCACACGAACGGUGGUCUGCACAGCAACAGUAGCGCGUUGAGCAGCACGGAUCGUGACACGGACUACGAUGACUAUGCCGAGAGAAGCAGCCUGUACGAUGGAGGCAACAGCCACCUGAAGAGCCUGAACCAGAAGCUGCUGCAUCAGAUGAACGAGCAUCACAACAUUGAUCAGUAUCUGCUGUCAUGGCGCGGGUUCCAUGGUAACAUGUGCAAGGGAUUCCACAGCCUCCAGCGGGACGGACAGAUGGUGGACGUAACGAUCGCGGCCGGUGGUAAGAUCUUCAAGGCGCACAAGCUCGUCCUGUCCGUGUGCAGCCCGUACUUCCAGAAGAUCUUCCUCGAGCACCCAUCGCAGCAUCCGAUACUGUUCAUGACCGACGUCAACAGCCAUCACAUGGCUGGAUUGCUCGACUUCAUGUACAGCGGUCAGGUCAACGUGAAGUACGAGGACCUGCCCAACUUCCUGAAGGUGGCCGAAGCACUGCAAGUCAAGGGGCUGCACGGCGAGAGCACGAACGAAUCGGAGGAGCGUGACUACCAGCAGCAGCAGCAUCAGCACGCGUUGCGGUUGCAGGAACAGCAGCGGUUGUACCAGCAGCAGCAACAGCAGCAUCAGCAGCACCAGCAGCAGCAGCAGCAACAGCUUCACCAGCAGCAGCAACAGCAGCAGCAAAAGCUCGCCCAGCAGCGGCAGCAAUUGUUGCAAGUGGCUCAACAACAGGCGCAUGCACAAGCUCAACAGCAGCACCAGCAGCAGCAACAGCAGCAGCAGCAGCAACAACAGCAGCAGCAACAGCAGCAGGCUGCUGCGGCAGCCGCAGCUCAGCAACAAGCGGCCGCUGUUGCAGCAGCUGUUGCCCAUCAACAGCAGCAGUUCCAGCACCACCGGAACAACUUUAAGGAGCUGAUGAAGGCGAAGCACGCCGCGGCCGCCGUCGUGCUGAACGAGGACUAUCUGAACAACAACGCCGUCAACGCGAACAACAGCAACAACAACGGCAGCAACAAUGGCAGCGGCAACAUGACUCCCAACAAUGGUAACCUCAACAGCAACGGCAACGCGAACGGAGGCCCACUAUCACCGUACGCCAGCAAAAAGAUGCUCGACUCGCAGAAGUACCAGAAGUACUACUCGAAGCGCAAGCUCGUGCAGCAGUACGAGCAGGAGAUGCGUGCCGAGAAACGCAAACUAGGCAUCGAGGAUGUGAUACAAGCGGCUGCGGCUGCGAACGCGCUUAACCUACGUCUCAAUAACGGUGGCAGUCCGAUUGGAUCACCGACGGCGGUUGCGGCUGCUGCUGCAGCUGCAGCUGCUGCCGCUGCGGCCCUCAACCCACCCGGCACACCCACCAACGGCGGAACGAGCACGGACGAUGAGCAGCAGCAGCAACAACAGCAGCAGUCCGUUCUGUUGCAGAACAUCAAGUCGGAGCCACAGUUUGACGACGAGGACGAAGGCAUGGAGGUGGACCAGGACAACAACAACUCGCUGAACGCCGCCAACGCGAACGCGGCCCACAACAACAAUAACAACAACGAGGACGACUACUACGGCCAGCACGAUCCGGGCGUGAUAACGACGGGCAACGGCAAAACGAUCAAACAUUCCAUUCUCGAGCCAAAUAUAGUAUUAAAGCAGAGCGACGAAUGCCUGACGACCAACAACCAAACGGGUAGCCUAAACCUGUGCAAGAACGUCAGCUAA